CUCCCCACCCUUCCCCACCACCAAACAGCCAGCCGGUGCAGUCAGCGAAUCGUGCGGGUGGCGUGCGUGCAUCGGGAGAGCGCUGCGAAUCCGAGCUGCUCCUCCUCCUCAAGCUUUCUCCAUGACGCUCUCAAAGAUGUCGUGGCGUCCUCAGUACCGCUGCUCGAAGUUCCGUAACGUGUACGGCAAGGCGGGCGGGCGCGAGCGCUGUUAUGACUCCGUGCCCGUCACGCGCAGCGUCAACGACAGCCACUUCUGCGCCGUCAACCCCAAGUUCAUCGGCGUGGUCACGGAGUCAGCCGGUGGCGGCGCUUUUAUUGUCCUGCCGCUCGCGCAGACCGGCCGCGUGGAUCCCCUGUGCCCGCGCGUGUGCGGUCACCGUGGGAACGUCCUGGACAUUAAGUGGAACCCGUUUGACGACAACAUCAUCGCCUCGUGCUCCGAGGACGCCUCCGUGCGCGUGUGGGAGAUCCCGGAGGGCGGCCUCCGUGCCAACUUGACAACGGCGGCGCGGGAGCUGUACGGCCACAGCAGGCGCGUUGGCCUCAUCGAAUGGCACCCAACCGCGGUCAACAUCCUCAUUAGCGCUGGCUACGACUACAAGAUACUGGUGUGGAACGUGGAGGCAGGCGAGGCGGUGCAGGUCAUCGACUGCCACCGGGACGUGGUGCUGUCACUCUCUUUCAACACGGACGGGAGCCUCCUCGCCACCACCUGCAAGGACCGCCGCCUGCGUGUCAUCGAGCCGCGCUCUGGCGCCGUGCUACAGGAAACUCACUGUAAAACUCACAAGGUGAACCGUGUGGUUUUCCUGGGUGACACGAAGAGGCUUCUCACCACCGGCUCCUCCCGCUGGAACAACCGGCAGAUCAUGCUCUGGGACCAGGAGGACCUCUCAGAGCCCCUGGUGCAGGAGGAGGUGGACGGCCUCUCCGGGCUCCUCUUCCCCUUCUAUGACCCUGAUACGCGCAUGCUGUUCCUGGCCGGAAAGGGCGAUGGAAACAUCCGCUACUAUGAGAUUGGUAGUGACAAACCGUGCCUCCACUUCCUUGCGGAGUUCCGGUCACACUAUCCUCAAAAAGGCCUAGGGGUGAUGCCCAAGCGAGGCUUGGACGUGGGGGCGUGCGAGGUGUUCCGCUUCUACCGCGUCGUGGUCAUCAAGGCGCUCAUCGAGCCCAUCUCCAUGAUCGUUCCGCGCAGGUCCGACUCGUACCAAGAGGACCUCUACCCGAUGACUCCAGGGGCAGAGCCUUCAAUGACGGCGAGCGAGUGGCUGAGCGGAGCGAACCAAGGUCCUGUGCUGAUGUCGAUGCGAGCAAGCUAUAGACCCCAGCCCCGAUCGGGCCUGAGAGCCAGUGGAGGGGGCAGCCGGCCAGAAAGAAAGGGCCUCAUAGUUGACGGUUAUGACCUGUUGGACAACGCGCCUCCCAAGACAGAGAAUGAGCUCCUCAGGAUGUUUUACCGGCAGCACGACGAGAUCCGGCGGCUCAGGGAGCAGCUCACGCAGCGCGACCUGCGCGUUCGACAGCUGGAGCUGGAGCUGCACAACAUGCGCAACAAUGCCAAGAAUGCCUGACCCCCUGAACCGUCUCUCACGACCGCUCACCCCCACCCCCCCCCCCAUCGCCUUCACCAUCGUGCACUUGCCGGUCCGCUUCAGCAUCUUCUAUCAAUACGCACCGACACAGAUGCCUCUUAUUGGUCACCAGUGCCCAGCGUAGUGGGCCGGCAGAUUAAAGCGCUAGCCGCGCUGAGAAUGUUCCAUAAACCCUCGCCGACCCCUUUGUUCACUUCUAUCCUCAACAAGUCACUCGCCUGCUUGCCGUCUACUUAAACGUGCAGUGGUUUGUCAGCGUUCCUGCUCUCCUCCUUCCCCAAAUCCUGACCAAAGGCUCUGUGAAGUCACUGCCAAUCAUAUCCCGAAUCAAACCCAACCACCACCACCGCAAAUUUCUUCCUUCUAUUGAAAGUAUUGUACAAAGCAAUGUUGACACUAUAAUACCAUUUUUUCUUGUUGUUGCCAGUCAUGUUUUCUGCGGAGUUAUUUGCCAUGAGGACAGCGAAAGAACUGUCAAUGUUUUUUUUUAAAUAAGACAUCAUACCCAAUCGUCGGCUAAAUGCGAGUUGCUCUAGGGGCUGCACUUAAUAGCCUUGCGGUAUUGUCCAGUGGCUUAUUGGAUUGCCUUAUCCUGGAAAGCAAGCGUCGAGGACGAGCCGCACUCACGAGGGCCGGGCGCUGUCCCACGACGGUAAAAUUAUCCCCCGGGACAAGGAGCCACCCCCCCCCCCCCCCUGGGGGGCCCUUAGCUCAUUCUUUGCAUGGCAGCACAGACGGUCGCGGUCUUACCAACGCUCUGGGUGACCCCGAUUGAUGCGACCCGGGUCACCGUGACCCACCAUCGCUCCGAUGAGCAGUGGUCUAUUAGGAGCGGUGCUCGAUUGGGACAACGGCGUUGCUCUAUUUUUCGUCGAUCAAACACGUGGUGUUGUUUUUAUAGAAAAUUAUAAUCCAAGCGAACAUGCGACGAUUUAAGAAACUUCAGAAUUGCAGUUUUCUGCCCAGUCUCGUCUCGCAUAUCGCCAUGGCGUGUCCCAACCAGAACCACUCUCUCAUGUCGCCAUAACUUAUUCGUUAUCUUGUCCACAGCAGCCAUGCUAUACUGUGGCAAAUGCUAUAUACUGCGAUAGUGCUUUGGUGACAGAAAACACGUAUUGCUGUGGUGGUGUAUGUGUAAUCUAUUGGCUGUGGAGAAGAUAAUGGGGGCAGAAACAUCACGUUAAACAGAGACAAUGCAGUACAAUGCGGCUGUGGGCUUUUUGAGGAGUGAUGUUAUUAUUGGCCGUGCCAGUGUCGUGAGGAUUAAUUGACUCCUUAGCAAUCCCAGGUCUCUCGUGGCAAUAUACCGUUCUUAGUUUUUGUAGGCAUUUAGCCUUUCACACGCAAAGCACUACUUGAUUUGACUUUAGCGAAAAUCAAAUGUAAUCAUUUACUGUAAUGUAAAAAAAAUACUGUAUAAAGCCUUUUUACAUAUUUUGUUAAUCUAUAGAAUGUAUUAGAGCGUUAUUGAUUUUGUUUGCCAAAAAUGAAAAAAUAUAUAUACGGUAUAACGAA